GCAUAUCUACCGGAGCGAUAUUAGGCAGUUUCGUAAUAUUUCAAAAUCGUUUUUUUAAAUAGUUGUAGCUUAUAUGCUACUUAACUAUAUGUUUUCUUUUAUUAAACACGUACCAAAUACCCCAUAGUAUUUAGAUAAUUUUUGGUAGGAUUUUUUAAUUCUUCUUUGUGAUUUACAAAUGGAUAUGGUAUAAUUUCUGCUGAGCGAUAAAGAGUUAUGGGAAAAUAUAAGAAAUAUAGAAAAGAGGCAAGAAACUAUGCGAAAGAAGUAAGCAACGAACGAAAUGAUGAAGAUAAUAAAUCAGAUAGAAACGAAGAUGACGAUGAACAAGAUCAUUCAACUGAAGAUCCUCGAUCAUACUAUAAAUCCUCGUUAUCUUCUUCUAAGCAACAAGAAAAAGAACAAAAAAUUCCUUGCUCUUGGGACAGAUACAGAACUUCUCUUCGCAAAAUGUUCUUUACGGAAAGUGAAAUCAUAUCAGGUGAAAAAGAAGAAGAAGACUUCUGGGCAUUUUUAAGGAAAUAUGAAGCUUUUCAAAAAAAACGAGGACAGAACAAGUCUUACAAAGAUGAAGAUAACUCAAGAAAAUUAUCUAAAAAAUUUUCUCUACCUCUAAAUUAUGAAAAAAAGUUCAAAAUGAACUAUUCCCUAUCAAGACAUGCGCUAAAAUAUUUAGCCGUCUCCCAAAGAGACUAUGAUAGAGGUUUAACCGACGAAAAAAUUAAGGAGUUUAAGCAAAUUCUCCUUUAUUAUGUGGAUUUUUGUCAAAAAGCAAAAUUUGCAAAAGUUCAAAAGCUUAGAGAAGAUCAAAGAAAUUUGCCUAUAUUUGCUUAUAAGGAGAAAAUCCUAGAGGAAAUAAAGCAAAAUCAAGUUGUAGUGGUGGCUGGAGAUACUGGAUGCGGAAAAUCGACCCAAAUACCACAGUAUUUAUUAGAGGCUGGUUACUCUAAUAUUGCUUGUACACAACCACGAAGAAUUGCGUGCAUAUCCCUAUCAAAACGUGUUGGUUAUGAAACAUUUAAUGAAUAUCGCACUCAAGUUGCAUAUCAAGUUCGUUUUGAAAAAAGCAGAACUAAAGCAACAAGAAUUCUUUUCUUAACUGAAGGUUUAUUGUUACGCCAACUUCAGAAUGAUCCUCUCUUAUCUCAGUAUAGCGUAGUUGUUAUUGACGAAGUUCACGAGAGGCACAUUCAUACUGAUUUUCUUUUGGGUAUUAUGCGCUGUAUCAUGUUACAAAGAACAGAUUUAAAGAUUGUUUUAAUGUCGGCUACUAUUAACAUCGAUUUAUUUAGUUCUUAUUUUGAAGACUGUCCAGUUUUAAGAGUUCCUGGAAGGUUAUAUCCUAUAACAUUGAACUAUAAGCCCAUUGGCAUAGAAGAGAAAGCUAGCAGAAGUGAGAGACUCAAUCCUGGUCCUUAUAUUCGUAUUUUACAACUGAUUGAUCACAAGUAUCCUGCAAAUGAAAGAGGUGAUUUGUUAAUGUUUUUGAGUGGUAUGGCAGAAAUAAUGGCUGUUGUUGAGGCUGCUCGAGCUUACUCAGAACACAAUAAGAGAUGGAUUAUUCUCCCUUUGCACAGUUCAUUGUCUAUAGAGGAACAAGACAAAGUGUUUGACAUUGCUCCCGAUGGGGUUAGAAAGUGCAUCGUUUCCACCAAUAUUGCAGAGACAUCGGUAACAAUAGAUGGCGUCCGCUUUGUGGUUGAUUCUGGUAAAGUUAAAGAGAUGAGCUAUGACUCAAAAUGUUCUAUGCAAAAACUUCAAGAAUUUUGGAUCAGUCGAGCCAGUGCAGAACAACGUAAAGGAAGAGCAGGUCGAACUGGACCAGGUGUAUGCUAUAGGUUAUAUGCUGAAUCGGAUUAUGAUGCAUUCCAAGAGUAUUCAACUCCCGAAAUUAGACGAGUCCCCCUAGAGUCUUUGAUUCUUCAAAUGUGCGCUAUGGGCUUAACAGAUCCUCACAAGUUUCCUUUCAUAGAACCUCCAGAUUCUGCUUCUAUUGAAAAUUCUGUAGUCUUUUUAAAAGAACAAAAAGCCCUUACGGAAAAUGAUGUAUUGACACCGAUAGGACAAAUGUUGUCCCAACUACCUGUUGAUGUUGUAAUGGGAAAAAUGCUAAUCAUGGGUUCUAUAUUUCGAAUGAUUGAUCCAGUUCUCACAGUCGCAGCAGCUUUGAGCAUACAGUCCCCUUUUACAAGUAGGGCCCAUACCGAUCUCGAAGCUACAGAAGCAAGGAAAGACCUGGAAUCUGAUCAUGGUGAUCCAUUUGUAUUGUUAAAUUUAUAUGACGCUUGGUUGGAAAUUAAAGCUGAAGGAAGUCAAACAAAAAAAUGGUGUAAACGACGCGGUCUUGAGGAACAAAGAUUUUACGAAUUAAGUAAAUUACGUAAACAAUUUCAGCAAUUACUUCAGGACCAUCAACUCAUGCCAAAGGACAUUUCUGAAAGUAAUGAGUAUAUGACAGCAGAUGAGAGAAAAAAAAAACAUGCUGAAAGGCGAAUGUUACAUAAAUUAAAGAGAAAAGAACAGCAGAGUAGUAGAAAGCGUAAAAUAUUAAAAUUGGAGGAUGAUCGUUACGAAUUAAGCGAAAAUGAAGGAGAUAAGGAUGAAAACUCUGGCGAUAUAAGAGAUAUCGAAUUUAGAUUAACUCAUAAUCUUGAUAAAUUGCAAAGCUCAUCAGCUCGAAAAAGAAAAUUAACUGCAAGAGAUUACAACUUAUUGAAAAUAAUCAUAUCAAGUGGUCUUUACCCUCAAAUGGCGAUAGCUGACAACCACAAUAAUUUCAAACCAAAUAGUGAACAAGCAUUCCAUACUAAGAACAAGCAAUUUGUUUUAUUGCACCCUACUGGAACAUUUUCGAGUAAUCCGGAAGUUUUGCAGUUAAAACAUCACGACAUAAAAAAAGGAUUAAACAAAAAGGAUUUAUAUAGUAAUAGUCAUCAAUUAUUGGCUUAUGUAUCACUCUUAGAAACAACUAAACCUUACCUAAUGGGAACCAUGAGAGUUCCAGCUCUUCAAACCCUUUUACUAUUCGCUUCAUCUAUCGAUACAAAUUCGAAUUGUAGCAGGAUACUUUGUGACGGAUGGAUGGAAUUAAAAAUUGAAGAUGUAUCAGCUGCACAGAAGCUCGUUACUAAUGUCGUAGCAUUGAGAAAUACUUGGUUAAAACUCAUACAAAUGAAAUUGGAUGAUGCUUGGAAUAAAACCGAGCAAGAUACUAUAGUUUACAGAAAAAUGAAAAAACUACAAGAAAUUCUAACUGAAAAAUUAGGAGAUUUCCUUUCUUGUGAUAUUUCUUAUUGUAUAAGAAGAGUAUUUGUUGCUGAGUUGAAAAUCUCUUAUCGAGGACCGGAAGAAGACUUUUCUGAUAUCAAUACUGAGAACAAACCGAUUCAUCCUCUCAAAGGCGGAAUUAGAGUUAAUGAUUAUUGGACUCACGCAUGUUUAUUAGAAGAUUCGAAUAGCUCCGCUGAUUUGACGAGGUCUUACAUGAAAAAUUUAUGGACCUGUCCAUCUUGUAAUCACGACUUCGCUUUUAAUGUUCUUCAAAGGGUUAGUCAUGAGGAGGAUUGUUGUAAGAGCAAAGAAGAAGAAGCAUGCAAUGAACUAGAAGAUAAGCUACGACAAGAAGGUCAUGAAAAACUUCGGAAAAAUUUCGAAUGUGAUAAAUGUCAAAAGGAAUUUAAUUUUACGACUAUUGAAGCAUUAAAACACAGGAAAUUGUGUUCGAUAGAUAACUAA